AUGAGCCAAUCGGAUGAUGCCACAAGCCCCCGCAAACGCCGCCGCUUAAUCGACAGUGACGACGAAGAUGAAGAUGAUUCACCAGUUGACAACCAAGAGGACCGUCCAGCUUCCUCCUCGUCUUCCUCUCGCCGCCAACUCAUGGAAAGGUUGGCCGCGGAACGCCGUCAACAACGUCGAGCCUCCCAGUUACGAAAAGAAGUGGCCGAAUUGCAGGCCGAAGAAUUUACGCCUGUCGAUCCAACAGACGUUGCCUCACCAAAUCCUAGUGACAAUGAAGACGAAGAUGAUGAAUUGGAUCAUGACUACGAUUACGCUGCUCCUCAACAAAAAGACGAGGAGGAAGAAGAAGAUGGCGAAGAUUUGAUGGAAAAUGCCGAACGAGAUUAUCAACGCAUCGAAACUUUGGAUACUUACGGAACAGAAGGCAUUGAUGAUCGCAAUUACGAUCUCAUUGACAUGGAUCAACGACUUGCUGCCGAAAAGGAAUUGGAGAUUCGGGAUCGGCAAGUAGGUCGCACUGGACGCAGUGCGGGAUUGUACAGUGCUGCUUUGGAUUUAGGAGAAACUGCAGAAGAUGAAGAAGCUCGAAGAGCUCGUCGUGGUCUCUUUCGCAGUGAUAUGGGAGGAGGCGAUGAUGAUGGAGAUGACGACGAUGAAGAUGAAACAGAUGAAGAAGAUUUGGAUGGGGAGGAUCCCAUUAACAUUGAAGCGUUUGAUGUGCCACUUCGUGAAUGGAUUGCCCAAGAACGUACCCGACGGGAAAUUCAACGUCGGUUCCGAGCCUUUUUACGCCACUUUGUCGAAGGUUCUAACGGAGAACGGCGUCGUAGAGGAAAUGGCUUGUACGAACAAAAGAUACGACAUAUGUGUGCGGCUAAUCAAGCUUCCCUUCAACUUUCCUUUUUGCAUUUCAUGGAAGCCGAAGCCAUUAUGGCCUACUGGAUUGUGGAUGCUCCCAAAGACAUGUUUGAAGUCUUGGACGAGGCUGCCACCCGCCACACGCUUAGUUUGUUUCCAAGCUACAAUGCCAUUCAAAAGGAAAUCCACGUGCGCAUCAGUCAGGUUCCUAUCAUGGACUCGUUAAGAGACUUGCGACGAACGAACUUGGAAAUGCUCGUCAAGGUGCAUGGAGUCGUCACCCGUCGAUCCAAUGUUUACCCUCAACUUCAGCAGGCUGUCUACAGGUGCUUGGGUUGUAAGGGAACUCAAGGGCCUUUCAAGGUGGAGUCAACAGGCAGCAUGGCAGAAGAUUCCUACAAACCUGACGAGUGUCCCAUGUGCGACGCUGUCGGACGCUUCCAAUUGGACACUCCAAAGUGCUUGUACCGCAACUUUCAACGGGUCAAUCUGCAAGAAACGCCUGGCUCUGUUCCUCCUGGUCGAGUGCCCCGUACAAAGGAAGUCCUACUUACGAAUGAUUUGAUUGACAUUGCCCGACCAGGAGAAGAGAUCGAAAUCACUGGUAUCUACGAUCAUACCUAUGAUGCCAGUCUCACUCUCAAGUCUGGUUUCCCCGUCUUUUCCACCUUUCUCACGGCUAACCAUGUGAGCAAACGAGGAGAUGCCUCGAGUACUUCCAACUUAUCGGAGCAAGAUGUUCGUGAUAUUUUGGAUUUGGCCAAGGAUAAUCGCAUUGGAGACAGGAUUGUUAAGAGUAUGGCUCCCAGUAUUUUCGGACAUGAGCAUUGCAAAAUGGCUCUUGCCAUGAGUUUGUUUGGAGGAGUCCCUAAGAAUAUCAAUGACAAGCAUCGAAUUCGAGGAGAUAUUAACGUGCUACUGCUGGGAGAUCCCGGUACGGCCAAGAGUCAGCUGUUGAAAUAUGCCGAGAUUACGGCGCCACGGGCUGUUUACAGUACGGGCAAGGGUGCCAGUGCGGUUGGUUUGACUGCAAGUGUCCACAAGGAUCCGAUCACCAAGGAAUGGACUCUUGAAGGAGGUGCACUUGUGUUAGCAGAUAAGGGUGUGGCACUGAUUGAUGAAUUUGACAAGAUGAACGAACAAGAUCGAACUUCCAUUCACGAAGCCAUGGAGCAACAGUCUAUUUCCAUCUCCAAGGCUGGUAUUGUCACCUCCUUGCAAGCUCGUUGCUCAGUUAUUGCCGCUGCAAACCCUAUUGGAGGAAGAUAUGAUAGUUCCAAUACUUUGGCCGAUAACGUGGAAUUGACGGCCCCCAUUUUGCAGCGAUUCGAUAUUCUAUGCGUGCUUCAAGAUACCAUUGAUCCAGUGGCCGAUGAACGUUUGGCUAGCUUUGUGACGAGGAGUCACAUGAAUGCGGUUGCCACACGUGAACUACUACAUGGAGAAGCUGAACUUCCUCCGUCGACACAGAUUGAUAGACCCGAAAUCAUUGAUCAAGGGCUCUUGCGGAAGUACAUUCAGUAUGCCCGCACCAAUGUUCGCCCCGAUCUGAGAGCCAACGCCUUUGACCAAGAAAAGGUAGCCUCUCUGUAUGUGGCUCUGCGUCGUGAAUCGGCCCAGUCGGGUGGGGUUCCAAUCUGUGUUCGUCACGUCGAGUCAAUUAUGAGAAUGGCCGAGGCUCAUGCCAAAAUGCACCUUCGCGACCAUGUGAGAGAUGACGAUAUGGAUGCCGCCAUUAAAAUCAUGUUGGAAAGUUUCAUUGUGGCCCAAAAGUACAGCGUCAGACGAUCUCUGCGCAAGAAUUUUGCCAAGUAUAUUACCAGUGGAGAAGACCGGGCUCAUUUGUUGUUGCAUAUUCUGCAAGAUAUGAUGCGCAAGGAACAAAUGUACCAGACAAUUCGUCUGCGACAGCGAAACCAAUCGGAAGAUUUGCUGGAAUCCUUGGAGGUGCCAUUGGACGAGUUGGAGAGCCGAGCUAGAGAAAGACGCAUCUACGACAUUCUCGACUUUUGCCGUGGGGAGAGUUUCAAGGAAGCUGGAUAUUACUUUGAUGAAGAACGAAAGGUUAUUUCGCGAAACUUUGUGCAAUAG